AUGCUGCGUAUCCCUGCACUUCGAGACGAGAAUGGUCGGGAUCUACUCAGUGAUGACACAAGUUCCGACAAGAGCAGCCCAAAAGUUGAGACAAAAUGGACGACCGAUGCUAUCCGCGCAUUCGACCGUGUUUGGUAUGAUCCAGCGAUGAGAAAGCAGCCCAGCUGUUUUCAAACUGGCAGCGGCGAAUCAACCAGGACUGCUGUACCUCAAAAUAGACAGACCCUGGCCCCAGGCACCUAUCCUACUCCACACGGGAUGAUAACACUGAAGCAGUCUCAUCAAUACUGGCAUACCACUGAACAACCCUAUCAGCUUCCACAUGAUACGAUAUCCCGAUUCUACAGUCCGGACUGUUUGAAAGAAAAGUCCCUCGGCCCGGAGAACUACAAGGAUUGA